AUGCUGGCCAGCGAGAGCUCGCAGCCCGGACGGAUGCUGAAGCCCUUGGUGGAGAAACGGCGCCGGGACCGUAUCAAUCAGAAUUUGGAGGAAUUGCGUGUUCUUCUCCUGCAGAAAACCCAAUGCCAGACCCUGAAGAACCCCAAAGUGGAGAAGGCGGAGAUCCUGGAGCUUGCCGUGGAAUACCUACAAGAGAGGAACAAGGCAGCAACUCCCCAGGGUGCGAAUCCUUCCGAAGAUGUCGGCCUGCAGACUUGCUACGCCAUGGGUUUCCGGGCGUGUUUCGGACACCUGGCCUCCUUCAUCCGCCGAAGCCCCCUGUCGGUCCAGAGACACUUGUGGGAGACGCUCCACGUCUACCUCGCUGCCACGUCGGAUCCGUCCCCUCCGGAUUGGACCCCUUCCACGUUUUCUCCCAGUUCUUCCUCCGAGGAAUCUCCCACCGGGACCCCCGAGGUUUCCUGCUCCCCAUUGCAACCAAACCGAACUUUUGCCAGCUCAG